CUGCAGCAGAGGCCACGGGCCUCCCUAAAACCGCUGUCACCGAGGGGACCUGGAGCUGUGGCAUAUGAUUUCCUAGGACUUCACUCUCCCGACUUUAAAGGGUGGAACCCGGCUCUAAAAGCACAGCAGAAAAUGACCAAGUUCAAGGGACCCGUGACACUAAGGGAUGUGACUGUGGAAUUCACCAAGGCAGAAUGGAAGCUAUUGACCCCUGCCCAGAAGUCCCUUUACAAGAAUGUAAUGCUGGAGACCUACAGUCACCUGGUCUCUGUGGGCUAUCGUGUGGUCAAGCCAAGUAUGAUCUCCAAGUUGAAGAAAGGAAAAGAGCCAUGGCCACUAGGAGCAGAAUUUUUACGUAGGAGCUGUGGUGAUAAGCGGCGGACGGUUCAUGACCCCAAAGCCAGACAUCAGGAGCAACAGGCUGGGACUGCAAGGAAAGGAGAACUCGCAAAGCGUCAGAAAACUCCCACCCGGCAUGAAAGCUAUGACUGUAGCAAAUGUGGAAAGUCCUUCUGCCAGAAGUCUUCCCUCCUGGCGCACCAGGAAACACAUACCAAGAAGUCCUAUAAAUGUGACAAAUGUGGACAAGCUUUCUAUAAAAACGAAGACCUUUCAAUCCAUCAGAAAGUUCAUACCAGAGAUAAAACCUACCCGUGUAAAGAAUGCAACAAAAUCUUCUACCACCUGUCGUCUCUCACUAGACAUCUGAGAAUCCAUGCUGGGGAGAAACCCUACGAAUGUAGCCAGUGUGAGAAAUCCUUCUACCAGAAGCCACACCUCACAGAACACCAGAAAACACACACAGGGGAGAAACCUUUUGAGUGUAAGGAAUGUGGGAAGUUCUUCUAUGUGAAGGCAUACCUCCUGGUACAUCAAAAGACACACACAGGGGAGAAACCUUUUGAGUGUAAGGAAUGUGGGAAGUUCUUUUCUCAAAAAUCACACCUCACCGUCCAUCAGAGAACACACACAGGGGAGAAGCCCUAUAAAUGUAAGGAGUGUGGGAAACUCUUCUCUAGGAAUUCACACCUCAUAACCCAUCAGAGAACCCACACAGGGGAGAAACCCUAUAAAUGUAAGGAGUGUGGAAACCGCUUCUACCAGAAGUCAGCCCUCACUGUGCACCAGCGAACUCACACCGGGGAGAAGCCUUUUGAAUGUAGCAAGUGUGGGAAACACUUUUACUAUAAAUCAGAUCUCACCAAACACGAGAGAAAGCAUACAGGGGAGAAGCCGUAUGAAUGUGCAGAGUGUGGCAAAUCUUUCUCUGUGAACUCAGUCCUUAGAUUACACGAAAGGACUCACACGGGAGAGAAGCCAUAUGCGUGUGAGAUCUGUGGGAAGUCCUUCUCUCAGAAGUCACAUUUUGUCGUCCAUCAGAGGAAGCACACAGGGGAGAAGCCCUACAAGUGCCAGGAGUGUGGGAAAAGCUUUAUCAAAAAGUCACAACUCACGGAACAUCAGAAGACACACUCCAAGAAGGGAAAGACAAACAAAUAGUGUGAGUUCAGAACCCCUGCAGGAAUUCACCCUUUGGCUGUAAUCCACACAGAAGGAGAACCUUCUAAGUAUGGAGGGGGAAAAAUGGCAGCCAUGUUUUGUUUUGUUUUGUUUUGUUUUUUAUUCCUCACAGAAUUAUCAGCAAAUGUGCAGAAAGAAAUUCUUCAAUGACAUUAGGUAGAUCUUUACCAUAGGGUCAACUUUCAGAAAUAACAGGUGGCAGAAACUGUGCAAACUACAAAAUGUGAAAGAAACUUUGUUUUUUAGAAGUCACACUGAUGCCAUAUAGAAAUAGCAUGGGGCAGAAAUCCAGUAAGUAAGUGAAUUUCCAGAAGUUUCUGUCAUAGCAUCUAGCACUCUACAUGCAAAGUCCACAGUGAGGAAUUCCAAUGAGUAUCAGGCACUCGAAGUCUCCCCACAUGGCUGGUUACACUCAUCUUAAAAGGACGGAGGGGAAUACGUGCAUAGAUUGCAAUGGAUAUGAGAACCUUAUCGAGAACAUGCCCAUCAUGGAAUGUUAGUUCCAUUAAUACUUUAAUUGGACCUACAUAAGUAUCUUAAAUAUUUGAAACACCUUCCACAAAAAUUAAAAUCAAUUUAUCCUGAAGGCAGUGGUUACACUCCAAGUCCUGCUGCCAGUUUCAAGGUUCUAUUUUCUUCCUUAAAGAAACAUACAGUACAAACAGAAGCCAACUAAUAUUGCAUAUAUCAAAGGUAUUUAAAGAGCAAAAAACGUGCCAAAGAGAUGGCUUAGCAAUUAAGAGCACUGACGACUCUACCAGAGGUCCUGAGUUCAAUUCCCAGUAACCACAUGGUGGCUCACAGCCAUCUGUAAUGGGAUCUGGUGUGUCUGAAGAGAAUGACAGUGUCCUCACAUACAUAAAAUAAAUAAAUAAUCUUUUUAAAAGGAGCAAAAGCAACCAGGAAACAUCAUUAAACAAAGAAGUCUUUUGAUAUGUAGGAUGUAGAGGUGUGUGUGUGUGUGUGUGUGUGUGUGUGUGUUUAUCUCUUUAAAAAACAUUUCUAAAUGUGUGACUUUCUCCUUGAACCCAUAGUGAUUGUUUCUGAGCUCAGUAGCUGUGGAAGGACACAUGUCACAUUGUAGCAACAGUGAUUCCCACAGGUGACAUUGUUACCGUAACUUAUAUUUGUGUAGACUUUAUAUUUGUGCGCCUUUUUGUCAAUCUCUGGGCACUUACAAAUGGGUUCAGACAUUGUUAUUAAUUGGGCCCUUCAAAAGAAACUUUGUAACUUUUUCUGCUAUAUUGUGAUGAGUUGAACUUGGACAUGCAUUUGAGCAGUCCGAGCUGUUUCUAAGGCAGCAGUAUUUACUUCUCUUACUGUAGAUAUGUAGCAGUGGCAUCUGUGUUUGUAUUGUGUAUGAAAAAUACCUCAUUGCUUUUCCUUCCUAUUCUGGGUAGCAGAGGCAGCAAGGCCAGUAGCUGAAAGUGAGAUUCUAGGCUCCUACUACCUUCCUUGACCCGGACCCCAGCAUGAACAUGGCCUGUAACUUUACUGUGCCUCACCUUCCUCCUCUGUAAGGGUAAUGACAGCAACAUCCUAGAAUUGCCUUGAGGUUGAAAUAUGUUGAUAUUUUGAAGCACUCAGAAAAGUGUCUGUAAAACAUAGUAACUCAACGUUAGAUAGCAUUCUCAUUAAUUUGUAUUUCCCAAAUCACACAGUGAAAAGGUUGGCAAGCCGGAAUUUAUCUCUCACCUUAUUCCUGUUAGUGCCUUGAUUUGAUUUGGCUGUGUAUCUCCCCAUGGUAGCUCAGGAGCAGAUCCUGAGUAGACAAGGCCAGGGGUUGGUGAACCACAGCCCGUUGGCCAGAUUCACAGCCCAUUUUUGUAGCCUAUAAGCUGAGAUUAGUUUUAUAUUCCUCAAUGAUUGCAAAAAUUAAAUAUUUUGUGACACAUGAAGGUUGUACAAAACGAAAGUUCCGUGUCUGUAACUAAAGCACUUUGAGAACACUAAUACAAACCCGUUUGAUUACAUUCUGCCGGUGAUACCUUCGCACGGUGCUAGUGAGGCAGACCACAUGGCUAGGAGAGCCUGAGACAUUGCUGACUCAGCACUUUACCGCAUAGGUCUCUGUUACUCAGGGCUGCACACGCUGCAGCUGGUCCUGAGCCCACUCUUCAAAAUGUUCUGAUUACAAAUGUGAUGCCACAGCUUUGCGCAGUGGCAGUAUCGUAGCCAAUGAGGUUUAUCCGAGGCGCGAUUAUUGCUAAUUGAAAACAAAUGUGAUGCCACAGUCUAUGGGUGGGUGAUGUCUGUGCAGUAUAUUUAUUUUGUGGAUUGUAUUUAUAUGUGAAAAUGCCUAGGCUUCGAAGUAUUUUUCUCCUAAAAAAAAUGUGGCUUUUUUUUUUUACUUACUGAAUUGUUAUGUUAAAACAUAUUUCUUGAUGGAAUGUAACAAAUAUAUGAAAUAAACAUUGUCUCAACGAAAUGGAAUUAAA